AUGGACGCCACCCCCGUCGCCACACGCCUGCGCCGCUCCACCCCCGAGCACGACGCCUACACCGUCCGCGUCGCCGACCGCCGCCUCGUCGCCCUCGCCACCGGCCAUCCGGCCGACGCGCGCCGCUGGAUCUACACCACCCGCUGGCUCCACCAGGCCCUCCUCCACUCCGGCCGCCUCGUCGUCGGCCUCGGCGUCCAGUGGACCCCCGUCCGCGACCGCGGGGAAGGGCCGCUGACGCCGCCACCGGCCACCCUGCAGCUCUGCGCGGGCCACCGCUGCCUCGUCUUCCACCUCGCCCAGGUCGACGCUGAAGCCGUCCCCGCCGUGCUCUACCGCUUCCUCGCCGACCCGCGCGUCGUCUUCGUGGGCUACGGCUCCUCGUACGACCGCCGGAUGCUGUGGGAUCACUACGGCCUGGACGUCGCGUCCGCGUGCGACCUGCGCGCGCUCACCGGCAUGGGGAACGCCUCCGUCGAGCUCAUGGCGCAACGCUUCCUCGGCUACCGCGGGAUCAGCAAGCCCAGGGACGUGGCCAUGAGCGCGUGGCACGCUCCCAGGCUCUCCGUCGAGCAGGUGGAGUACGCCUGCGUUGACGCCUACCUCGCCUUCCGCCUCGGCCUCCUCCUCUGCCCCGGCGGCUACCAGCCCGUACAGCGCGCCCCUGCGUUUCCCCGCGCGCCUCCACCCGCCCCACGCGCUCUGGUGAUCGCCCACGCGCCUCCUCCCGCCCCCGCGUUCCUCGAGCUCCACCGCGCGCCGGGUCCUGCUCUGGUGCGCUCCCGCGCACCGCCUCCCGCCCCACGCGCUCCGGUGCGCCCCCGCGCACCUCCUCCCGCACCGCGCGCCCUCAUGAUCCCGCGCGUUCAGCCUCCCGCCCCACACGCUCCGGUGCGCCCCCGCGCGCCCCCUCCCGCACCUCGCGCCAUCAUGAUCCCGCGCGCUCCGCCUGCCGCUCCACGCGCUCCGGUGACCCCGUGCUUGCUGUCUCCCACCCCACGCGCAGCCGUGAACCCCCACACUCCCGAGCCGCACCUGGCGUUGGCGCCGAUGGCGGUGGCUGUGGGCACGGCCGAGAGCAGCAGCAAGGUCGCGGCCCUCCCCGGAUUAACUGGAUCAGACACGGACACAGACACGGAGGCAGAGCUCGGCGGCCUCAGUUUGGUCCGUUCGAACUACGCUUCUGAUGAUGAUGACGACGACGAUCUCUCUUUCUCUUCAGAUGGAUACGAGGUCGUGGGACGUGGAGCUGUCACCGACGAGGAUGAGGAAGAGGAGGAUGUCUACGACUACGUCGCCAGGACCGGACUUCUCAGUGACGGUGACUACGUCGUCGGGCCAGGAAUUCAGAGCGACGACGACGAGGAGGAUGGCUACGAAGGCUACGUCCUCGGCACCGGAACUCUCAAUGCUGAAGACGUCGGAGAGCAGGGCUACGCCUACAAGGAGUACGCCGGGAUUGGAAUUCUCACCGUCGAGGAGGGCCACAACGAGUACACCGGCAUCCUCACCGUUGGCAACGAGGCGGCGGCUUACGAGGAUGAAGUGUUCGUCAGCAACCUACAUGCCACGGUUGUGGAGGUGGAGGAAAGUGGCCUGCAGCUGGAUGUUUACCAAGAACCACCGGAGUGCUACGACAACAGCAUCGAGGCGUUCCAGGGCGGCGAUGAUGGGUAUGGCCAGGACGACGGCGGCGACUGGUAUGAUCAGGGGGACGACGGGUAUGAGCAGGAUGAUGAUAGCUAUGAUGCGUUCUACUAG